CUAAGGAAGUGUUGCCCAAGGGUUCUUAAACAAUUCUUUGUAUCGUUCCAAUUUUAUCUGGGCACUCUCGAAGGGACACUUUUAGUCACUUCAAAAUAUGUUUUUUUUCUUCGAUGUAAGAUGAUUCUGCAGAGAGAAAAUCACCUACCCAAAUAAGUUGGGUGGACAUGAUUUAGGCCCGACAAUUGGCGCUACCCAAGUUCAAAACUAGAGCCCAAAUUUCAAAAUCUUACCCAAAAAGGAAAAACUGGGAGUCCAAAGCGGGUGAUUGGGGGUUCGGCCGGCCGGUUUGGAUGUUGGACCCGGUCAAACGCGACAAGAAAAUGAUGAAGUUUCCAGCGAGUGUCUUCCUUCGAAAUGGCACUAAACAUUCUCCAAUCAAUCGAUCAAAUAUUUGUCGGUCUGUGAAUUGUGAAAUGGAGGAGGAGCCCUUGAGAUUGCAGAAUUGGGAUUCGAUUCCGGUUCAGCUGCAGUUACAUGGCAUUUUCAAUCUCUGUAUCCUCUGAAGCUGCUGCUCCAACGGUAAUUCCAACCAUGGCCGACUUGCCCAAGGAGCAUUUUAUAGAAUCCAUCAAGGAUGACUAUGACGUCACGUGUUGGGGUUGUGGAUUACGCCUUGUUCUUCCAUCAAAUGCUCCAAUUUUCAAGUGUGGUUGGUGUGGAGCUUUAACAAAUCACAAUGCGGGGAAACGUGAAUGCAAAUACUUUUGGUUGAGGCGCUUGCGGGAUCGCUGCUUAGUCAGUAUCCUGUUCAUGUUUAUGCUAUUUGUGAUGUGUGGUGGAGUGUGGGCGCUGUUCCCUGUUCUUUUCGAUAUCAGCUAUUUCCAUGGAAUUUUUCACUCCAUCAUUACCUUCAUGUUAUCUGUAGCCACUGUUUAUACAGUCAGUUCUGCUUCAUUUGCGUGUGCUGGAACACCUCCAUACAGAGUGUGGGGAAGCUAUCCAGCUGUGGGGAAGGGUGACCUCGAUAAUUAUACCUUCUGUCACCAAUGCUCAAAGCCAAAGUCGCCUAGCACUCAUCAUUGCCGGUCCUGUGGAAUGUGUAUAUUGGACAUGGAUCAUCAUUGCCCAUUUAUUGGGAAUUGUGUUGGUGCGUCUAACCACCGACACUUCAUUGCCUUCCUCAUAUCAGUUGUCACCAGUAUGUUCUAUAUUUCUAUCAUGGCUAUGUAUGUGGGUUAUCAUAUCUGGCCAUCCAUAACAUACGACCACUUACAUGCCGUUGACAGUGAUUCAGCUACAACAGCUAUCCGUGGGAUUAUACAUGGUUUUCUAAGAUCCGCUGUCCUUUUACCCCCUAGAGGGCUUAUUCUAAUAUAUCUGUUUGUUUCAAGUGUUUCGUUGGAGAUAGGGCUGGGCAUACUUCUGUGGCAGCAGCUCAGUUUUAUUUACGAGGGAAAGACGUAUUUGAGUCAUUUAAGUUCACGGGGAAGUGAUGAAGUUGGAGAGAAGGAUUGCCAAAACCUCGUGCGUUUCUUGGCAUUCCCGUAUCCCUUGUCAAGAUAUCUUUCCCUCUGCUCUCUCUCAAGAGUUUUGCCAAGUUUCCAAAAGAAGACGCAUAAACACAAGAAUUACCAGUGAGAAACCUACAAUAGCCGUUGCCGGUCACAUGUUUAAAAGUGGACUUCCCCACCUCUCGUUUAAAGGAUAACAUUUCAGUACCUCCUCUCCUCCUCCUCCUCCUCUCUCUCUCUCUCUCUCUCUC